AGCCACCAAGAAAAGCCAAAAAGACUCGUCACUCACAUUCUUCUACAUAACUCUUCACUUGUCUCCAUCUUCUUCUGCAAAAGAACAACACUCACACAACCAUACUUAAUACAAAACAAUAAGAAGAAAGGAGAUCAAAACCAUUAUAUAUGAGCACGGAUUGGGGACCUGUGAUUGUAGCGGUGUCUCUAUUCAUCCUACUCUCACCAGGACUACUAUUCCAGCUUCCCGCAAGAACGAGAGUGGUUGAAUUCGGAAACAUGACCACAAGCGGUAUAGCCAUUUUGGUUCACGCAUUUAUAUACUUCUGUAUACUAACAAUCUUGGUGAUUGCUAUACAAAUUCACAUCCAUUUCUAAUCUCUGCUCUUUAUAUCAUGUAAGGAUAAUGUAACCAACAAAAGAAGGCAUUUUUAUGUACAAAUCUCUAUAAAUCUUUCUAAAUGUCUCCUCUUCUUUA